AUGAACUCUUCCUCCUCAGUACCCAGGCGCGCCCGUCGCAAUGCCGUCUCCGUUGUUGCUAGUGAACCCCCUGUUGAAGAGAUAGAAUCAUAUGUCGUAUCAAAUCCUCCUCGACCGGAAGAGCUCGUCUGCCCAUUGGCAGGUGCAGUUGAUUUCCCAAAUAGCAUCUCUCCAGGUCCGGGGCAAUCCAAAACUCUCAUUGUGUCAACGCAGAAGAUGCCAUCAUUGGUACCGAUUUUACCUCCUCCAUCUCUGCCAAUAUAUCUCCGGUUAGAUCAAAUACCCUCGCCAGUGAUUCAGGAAUCUCUGGCAUCCUUCGCGUUUCCACCAGUCAGAUCGAUCGCUGGGCGAAGCAAGGUGUGUCGGACCUCGAUGUCGUGGGCUAGCAAGAUACCAUGCGCGCACUGUGAGGCUCUCGAGAGCCAUAGGAAAAUCAUAGCAUCAUAG